AUCCCUCUUUCUCCCUGUCCCUGACCCAAGGUUUGCCUGUAGGUGCCCGAGCUAACAUCGAAGGUGCCUAAAGAUGCUGAGCAGCAUUUGGUUCCUCAGUGUAUUAACCGUGGCCGGGAUCGUACAGACCGAGAGCCGCAAAACUGCCAAAGACAUUUGCAAGAUCCGCUGCCUGUGCGAAGAGAAGGAAAACGUACUGAAUAUUAACUGUGAAAACAAAGGAUUUACAACUGUCAGCUUGCUCCAACCCCCCCAGUAUCGCAUCUAUCAGCUGUUUCUCAACGGAAACCUCUUGACCAGACUGUAUCCAAACGAAUUUGUCAAUUACUCUAAUGCAGUGACUCUUCAUCUAGGUAACAAUGGGUUGCAGGAGAUCCGACCUGGGGCAUUUAGUGGUCUGAAGACUCUCAAGAGACUGCACCUCAAUAACAACAAACUGGAGGUAUUGAGAGAGGACACUUUUCUAGGCCUAGAGAGCCUGGAGUACCUCCAAGCUGACUACAAUUACAUCAGCACCAUUGAGGCAGGGGCAUUCAGCAAACUGAAUAAGCUCAAAGUACUCAUCCUGAAUGACAACCUUUUGCUGUCUCUGCCUAGUAAUGUGUUUCGGUUUGUCCUGCUAACUCACUUAGACCUGAGGGGGAACAGGUUGAAAGUAAUGCCUUUUGCUGGCGUCCUUGAACAUAUUGGAGGAAUAAUGGAAAUUCAGCUGGAAGAAAAUCCAUGGAAUUGCACCUGUGACCUACUUCCUCUCAAGGCAUGGCUGGACACCAUUACUGUUUUUGUGGGAGAGAUUGUCUGUGAAACUCCUUUCAGGUUACAUGGGAAAGAUGUGACCCAACUGACCAGACAAGACCUCUGUCCCAGAAAAAGUGCAAGCGGUGAUUCUGGUCAGAGGAGCAGUCAUUCAGACACUCAGGUCCAAAGGCUGUCCCCUACAAUGAAUCCUGCUCUCAGCCCAACCAGGGCCCCAAAAGCAAGCCGGCCACCCAAAAUGAGAAAUCGUCCAACUCCACGAGUGACUGUGUCAAAAGACCGGCAGAGUUUUGGCCCUAUCAUGGUGUACCAGACCAAGUCCCCUGUGGCCCUCACCUGUCCCAGCAGCUGUGUCUGUACAUCUCAGAGCUCAGACAAUGGUCUAAAUGUUAACUGCCAAGAAAGGAAGUUCACUAACAUCUCUGACCUGCAGCCCAAACCUACUAGUCCAAAGAAACUCUACCUAACUGGGAACUAUCUCCAAACAGUAUAUAAGAAUGACCUCUUAGAAUACAGUUCACUGGAUUUGUUGCAUUUAGGAAACAACAGAAUUGCAGUCAUUCAGGAAGGUGCCUUUACAAACCUGACCAGUUUACGCAGACUUUAUCUAAAUGGCAAUUACCUUGAAGUGCUAUAUCCUUCUAUGUUUGAUGGGCUGCAGAGCUUGCAGUAUCUCUAUUUAGAGUAUAAUGUCAUUAAGGAGAUUAAGCCGCUGACCUUUGAUGCUUUGAUUAACCUCCAGCUCCUAUUUCUGAAUAACAAUCUGCUUCGGUCCUUACCUGAUAAUAUCUUUGGGGGCACAGCCCUCACAAGGCUGAAUCUGAGAAACAAUCAUUUUUCACACCUGCCUGUUAAAGGGGUUCUGGACCAGCUCCCUGCUUUUAUCCAGAUAGAUCUGCAAGAGAACCCAUGGGACUGCACCUGUGACAUCAUGGGGCUAAAGGACUGGACCGAACAUGCCAAUUCUCCUGUCAUCAUCAAUGAGGUGACUUGUGAAUCUCCCGCUAAGCAUGCAGGGGAGAUACUGAAAUUCCUGGGAAGGGAGGCUAUUUGUCCAGAUAAUCCUAACUUGUCAGAUGGGACUAUUUUAUCAAUGAAUCACAACACAGACACACCUAGAUCACUUAGUGCGUCUCCUAGUUCUUACCCUGAACUACACACUGAAGUUCCACUUUCUGUCUUAAUUUUGGGGUUACUUGUUGUUUUUAUCCUGUCUGUCUGUUUUGGGGCGGGUUUGUUCGUCUUUGUUCUGAAACGUCGAAAGGGAGUGCCAACUGUUUCCAGGAAUGCCAACAACUUAGAUGUAAGUUCCUUCCAGUUACAAUAUGGGUCUUACAACACUGAAGCAAAUGAUAAAGCUGAUGGCCAUGUCUAUAACUACAUCCCCCCACCUGUGGGUCAGAUGUGCCAAAACCCCAUCUACAUGCAAAAGGAAGGAGACCCAGUAGCCUAUUACAGAAACCUGCAGGACUUCAGCUAUGGCAACCUGGAGGAGAAAAAAGAAGAGCCAGCCACACUUGCUUACACAAUAAGUGCCGCUGAGUUGCUAGAAAAGCAGGGCACACCAAGAGAGCCUGAGCUGCUGUAUCAGAACAUAGCUGAGCGAGUUAAGGAACUCCCCAGUGCAGGCCUAGUCCACUAUAACUUUUGUACCUUACCUAAAAGGCAGUUUGCCCCUUCAUAUGAAUCUCGACGCCAAAACCAAGACAGAAUCAAUAAAACCGUUUUAUAUGGGACUCCCAGAAAAUGCUUUGUCGGGCAGUCAAAGCCAGACCACCCUUUACUGCAAGCUAAGCCGCAAUCAGAACCAGACUACCUCGAAGUUCUGGAAAAACAAACUGCAAUCAGUCAGCUGUGAAGGGAAAUCAUUUACAACCCUAUAGCAUCAAAGGAUGCAUUUCAAACUGUUGGAAGCACUGCAUUUGUGUUCUCCCUUCCCCAAUGCUAAUGGGAGACUGAAAACAGUUUGGAAGAGGGGUGAAGCAAUGAUACUGCUCUUGCAAGCUUUCCUUUAAAUUAUUUUUCUCUUAUCUCCCACCUCCAUACCUCCCCCUUCUUAGGAACCAUCAGUGAACAUGAAUGUUUCUACACUGCAUUUUUUUUCAUGGAUAUUAUUUAGGUUUCGUUUCUGUUUUCUUUCUUUUCCUUUUCCCAGUGUGGGAGUGGAAAGAAAUAAUAAUGAAUGAAGAAAUCGUAAGUAAAGUUUUCAAAUGAGAAUAUUUUGUAGAAGAUCUCCAAAGAUCUUUUGGAACUACAACUUCUUUUGUAAAUAAUGAUCUAUGAUAUUGCCAUCUUCAGUUACCAAGAAUAGGCCUGGACAUAGCUACUUUGUGUUAAAGUGCCUUUGCACUUAAGUAUAUUACUUAAAUGUUGCUUUUAGCUUUGAAAAUGAAAAGUAUUUUAAUGUGUUGUAUUUUUAAACUCAAAAUCAAUGUUAAAAUAGAUCUAUAUGUCAACUAUAUUAUGUCAACAUACAAUUUGCUUGAGUUCUAGAAACCAGCCUGUCAUCAAACAAUUCUAGCUUAGGACUUUAUAGACUUAAAUGUAAAAUAUUUCCUUUCUUCUGGGUUUGUUACAAGUGAUUUUAUUUAAGUCAAGAAAGGGGAUUUAACAGAGGACUAGAGGUAAUAAGCCACCUCUGUCAGGAUUAGCAAUUCAUUAAUAAAAUAUAUUUAACCCAAUAUCAGAGUGAAUUGAACAAUUAAUGCCCUCCCGUAAAUCAUUAUUUUACACUAACAUGAUCAGUGUUUUAGAUUAUUUUCCUAGUUAAGAGUACAUUACACAACUGGUAGUAUAUUUUUUCUGCAUCAAAUUAGAUAUUUUUAUAUAUUUAAAUGAAAAUCUGUAUUUCUAACUUUUUAAUUGAAAUUAAUAUUUUUUCUGCCUAUUGCAACAUUUUCUAUAAACACAUACCAGUAGAGGCCGCCACACACCUCAUUUUACCAAGACACAAGAGCCAUUUAAUACCUUGAAGGAAGACUUCAAAGGUAAGAUGAAAACUUUCCACAUAACUUCUCUGCAAAUUCAAGACAGCAGAGAUAAAAUUGCAUAUGUUACAUUUUAUUUCUUUGAAGAUCAAAAAUUAGACUCAAAAUUCCUUUCAAUUUUCACAUUUUCUGACAAAGGUAGAUUUUCCUCUUGACUUUAAUUGAAGUGUUAAUGAGGUGCUAUCAAAUCUUGUCCUAUUUGCAUCUCCAAAUUCAUUAAUAGUUACCUAAACUACAGCAGUAAGCAUCUUGUUUUCCCCUUCUGCCUUCUUUGGGCAUGAUUUACUUGAAAAUUUUCUUGUUAGUUUGAGCAAGCCUUUAAUUUUGGUCUUAGCAGUCAAUUAUUUUAACUAACCAACUCUAUAUAACAUUUAUGAAGCCUUAUUAGACUGUAAAUAAUUUUUAGAUGCAAACAUUAUUGUAUGAUUUAAACAAACAGCCUUUAUUUACAACAAAAAAUAGUUUUGUUUUGUCUAUUGUAAAUCCUUAUGCAACUGGGAUGGUGAUCCGCAUAUAAAGUAGUCCAGCUUUUCAAUUCCUUAUUAAAGCAAGUGAUGGCGUCUGAAAGAAGCACACUGUUUCCUUUUCAUAAAUAGGUUACUGCACAUAAUAAUCCUUUAUCAUCAUGUGGAGAUUGAAGUGGAUCCUGAUAACUUACUUUUAAAGCUUUAAAAUGACGAAUAGUGCAUUACCACUAUUAACAAUUCAUGCUAUAGGCUUUCAAUUAGAAAUUACUUAAAUCCAAAUCAUUUGGAUUAAUAAUUAAUGGUGCAAAAUGGACUUCUUAAACAACAGAAGAUAAUUGUGUCCAUAUAUAAAAGUAAAGGAUACUAUGGAAAACAAGGAUUUAACAAGCUGAAAUCCCUGAAUAUCUACAGUGGCUGACUUAUAUGUUCGCUAUUUGCUUAAAAGUCAAAAUUGCCAUUUACAUCCAUUAACUCACAAUUGAAAAUGGAGGUCAAAGUGAUUUACACAUUUGUUAAUACAGAAAUUUUAAAUUUCCUACAAAAAGAGCUAGAGUGCUGCUGAAUUAGUUUUACAUGGAGAUAACUCCUGAAAACCAUGUCAUCUUUGAGUGACAUAUAUAAUAUAGGAGGCUUAAACUUUGCUUUUAUUUGAUAUAAUGCUCAAUGCAUAAUACAGAGGCAGAUAUUUGGGGAAGUCAUGAAGGUAAAUCAGCAUACAUCAUAUUAAAGAUAGUUUCAAGCUUUAACUGUGACAAUAUGUUAGUGACAUGAUUCUACUUCAGUGUUUGUUCUUAUUUUCCUGAAAGUAAAACAUCCAUGUUAAUAACAAAGUUAGUUCAUUAAUCUUAAUGAAAUAUAAUUUACUUCUCAUUCAUUUUUAUGAUUUUUAAAGAGACCUCCUGGAAGAACUCAAAUCCAUAAACUCUUUAGCUCAAUAAUUAGUAUUUGCUUCAAUAUUUUCAUGCUUCUAGACUUUUUCUUUAUUUACAUUGAGUUUUAUAAUCAAGUCUUCAGGUAUGAUCCAAAUGAUUUCAUUUAGAAGUAUAAUAGCACAUUUUGUGUUUUAAUCUUUACUAUCAAAUGCAAGCAUAAGCCCUUCAAGCUUAAUUGAUUUAUUGUCAUUUCCACUGGUUAUAUUCUGAUUUUCCUUACAGGACUAAGCAUUUUCAAACCUAUUUUAUGUUAGGAUUUUUAUUUUUAACUCUUCCAGCUGGAUUUUUAAAAAAUUUUCCUUCCUGUUUUUCAGGCAGAUUGUAAUGAGUAUAAGCCUAGCAAAAAUGGUUCCAGACAAAGUAGUGACAUUGCUACAAUCUGCUUUGAAUAGAACUAGAUGUCUGGUCCUACAAAUGUCAUAUAGAAAUUACUCUAGAUUUUAGUACUUAAUUAGUUGCUUUCAUGACUUCUGCAUAUACCACCAGUGAGUAAAUUGUACAAAAGUUUCAAAAAUCCUAUUCCUCAGCCUUGACACCAUUGCCAAGAGUGUUUGGUAUGGACUUAGGCCAACCUGUGUGCCUUCUUUCCUCAGGCAUUUGGUGAGUAAGAAAAAGACUCUUCAAUAUCCUCUUUGUCCUCUGACUUAUAAGGUGACUUAAUUUUUCUAAAUAAUUCCGUAUCAUAAAGGGCUCAAUAUUUUACUGAUUUUUAAAAUAUGCGUAAUAAAUCAAAGGGAGAUUCUGCCAUUUCUCAAACCCUGAAAAUCCUUUUAUGAUAUUACACAUUCCAGAAGCAUCUAGACUGAAUGCUAGAGUGAACAAAGCCUUCCAGAUGGUUCUCUUACUCAAUUUGUUUCUUCAUUCAUUUAUUCAUUCAUUCAUUUAUUUUCAUUCAUUCAGGCACUCAUUCAAUACAUCUGGAGUGCUUUCUUCCCUGGUGCCUGAAUCUGCGGUGUGCUGAGGGGCCACAGAUAUAUAUUAGACAGGCUCUCUAAAUGCCUCACUCCAAGCUUUCAUCCCUGCUCCCACUGUUACUAAAUCCCUUUCUCCCAACAGAUCUCCCAAAGUUGGCAAAGAGAUUAGUACACAGUAAAAGAGAGUUUAACCUUAAUGAAAAUCACCCCCAGGUAAGUAGUGGGGACAGCAAUAGAAUGCAGAAGGUUUAAUUUUUAAAUUCUCUGGAAUAAAAUAUCAGAUAGAUAAAUCAUAAGUAGACUGGUUACAAUGUAAGUGCUAUUAACACAUCUUUGGAAUUAUGUACUUAAAAGGAGAAAGAUACCACUAAAAUAAAAUAAAUCACAGCAGAUUGAGACCCAACGUUAUGGCCUGAUGAUAGCUAUAUAUUUGCGCUAUCUACAUCUACUUUGUAAAGUUGAAUACCAAAAUUGUAAAUAUAAAAAUCGCUGAUGUACUUCAAUUUUAUGGAAUAUUCAUGUUUUAGAGACAAUGUUUACUUUUUAAUCUUAGUGGCUUAAAGGGUAAUCUUUCAACUCACAUGCCUUUUAGCAACACAAUGAUAAGAAACUUAAUUAUGUGAGAGAGACUGAAGUACUUUGUGGAGGUCUACUUCGCUCCUCAUAAUGGUGGUGGGAAAAGUAGUGUAAGUUGAAAUUUUAUAAAUCAAAUUGUAUUUUAAGUGCAUUAAGGGAGCAGCCAUUUAAAUAAAACUUGGGAAUCCCUUUAUGAGGCAGAAAAUCAUUUUCUAUUGCAAACAACCACUCUGUUUUGUAUGUUUGGAUUUUCAAUAUCAAUUUUGCUUAAAACCAAGCUCACACGCAUAAUAAGAAUAUGUUUUGUCAGUGUUGCUUGUGCUGUCUUAUUUUUUAGGUUGCUAAGGGCUUAUACUUGAAAGUCUGUUGCAGUUUAGUGUGAAUUGAGCUAUCUACAAUUUUAUGAUGGCACAAUAGCAUUCCUGAACAUCUGGACUAGCAAGAUCAUUUCAAUUCAAUUGAACACAGGACUCUUGCUCAGCAGCAUCUUCCCUCCCAAAAUCUUGUUUCUGUAGAGGGUAGCCUGACUCCUGUAUUCAUGUCUUAUGAAGUGUUUAGAGAUACAGGUUUUAUUAAACAAUAUGUUACUAUGUAAACAUACUGAAUUGCAUGUGUGUUGGAAAUUUCUAGCAGUAUUUUAGCUUGACAGUAUAUGUACAAAUUCUGUUAGACUUAGUUGCAAAUAAUUGUCUUCAUGUUAUUGGAAUAAAUGGCAAAUGAAACAAUUUAUUAUGUAAAUAGACUCUUGUGCCAAAUAGUGACAUUGUUUGAGAAAACAAAUGACAUAUUUUGGACUGUCAAUAGGCAAAAUUAAUUAAUGAAAAUGUGAUCAAAUGAUAUUGUAUUUUAUUGAAUAAACUGUUUAGUUAUUUUAUGUUGUAGUUAGCUUUCAGUUAAUAAAUAAAUAUUCACUAAAAUGCACAUUUUGGAUUAGUUAGAAAAGUUUUUGGAGCUUUCUUUCUUUCUUUCUUUCUUUCUUUCUUUCUUUCUUUCUUUUUUUGAGAUAGGGUCCUGGUUGUACUGGAACUUGUUAUUUAGACCUGAUUGGGCUCAAAUUCACAGAGAUUUGUCUACCUAUUCCUCCUGUGUGCUGGAAGUAAAAGCUUGCACAAUGAUGCCCAGUCAUAGUUUUUGGAAUCCUGAGAAGAAUUAAUGACAAAUGUGAGAACUGUCCUCUUUGCCUUGGUAUAUGCUGUUCCAGUGUUGAGAAAUGGACAUUUUUAUUCUUUACAUGAUUAUGUUUUUCAUGUUUGCUAUAAAGAUGAGCUUUAAAAAUA